ACGAGAGAGAAUUAGUUAGGGAAAAUGGCUGACUAUACAGUAAUGUUUUGACAAUUUUAAUUCUUUUAUUAUAUUAAUUUCAGAAAAAAGUGUAUAAUAUAUUAAAAUAUCAAUCUAUUUAUAUUGUAAAAUAUGUUCUUUGGUGAAAAUUAAAGAUAUCUAUUAAUGCAUAUGCCUAAAUUAAUAAGAAAAAAUUUAUCAAAACUUGUUUGAACGUGUUUCAAGUAGCUGCCAUUAGGAAAUGCUCAUUAUAAAUGUCUGAAUAAUUUCUUUCAAAAGUUUUGUGAAGACAUGCAUUAAAAUUUUUAUAUACUAUAAUCAAGACUUUCUAUUAAUUAGUAUAUUUAUGUAAUAUUGAUACAUAAUGGUAUAUCAUUCAUAAUGUAAUAGUGUUUAUAAUAUUUUUAUAAAAGAGAAAUGAAAAUGAAAUACUUUUGAGGGCAAUAAGAUGCCUGUCAAUCCAUUCAAUAAUGGGACAGCAUUUCGCUAGUCUCAAAGAAUUUUUUAGAAUGGACAAUGAAAGGCAAUCUUCCGAAACAUGUAAUGUUAUACAAUCAACACAAUUAGAAAUAAUGAAUCAAGAUGAUAUAGAAAAUUUACAUAAUAAUGAAAAUAAUGGAAAUGUAUCUACAUUGAAUUUAAGUUUAAUUCUUCACGAAGAAUGUAAAGGAGAUAGAAAUUUGGAUAAUGAUCAUGUAAAUUUAGAUCUAGAUAAUCAUAAUUCUAGAUUUGAAACUUUAUAUAGUCAACCAAUUGAGACACAGAAUUCAAAACAAAUUUAUAAUAAUGGAAACAUUAAUAAAGAGAUAUGUUUUAAACAACAAGAAGCAUGUUGCAGUAGUUCUGGAAGUAGUAAUACUAGUAGUAGUUCUGAAGAUAGUCCUAUAAAUCCUUCUUUAAGAAGAUCUUCUAAAACUUUAUCAUUUGGAAAGAGGAAAGGCAAACAACGUAAUAAAGAUCAAAAUCCAAUAUGUACUCAUAUUUUGUCUUCAAAGAAAAAACGAAGUAACUGGGUGUUAAAAUUUAAUUGUGCUAAAAAUAAAAAUUCUAAAAGCACAGAUAUUAUUCCUGGUCAAGGAAAUAAUAAUUUAGAUUGUGUUUGCACUGGUUAUAGAAGAACUGAAGAACAUUCUAUGGGAGCUAGUGUUAUAUUUAAUAGUCGAUCUGCUCCUCAAAGUCCAAUACUUGGACCACUUCCACCCAGUCCUAUAAUUAAUCUUUCAAGAUUUAAUCCAGAAGAGUUUCCAAUGGAAGAUUGUGACAAAAGAGCACGAUUACAACGUGCACGAGAAAUGGAGGAAGGUGUUGAACCUCCUCCUGGUUAUAAGCCUAAUUAUCCUUCUGGAAUUCAAGUACAUCCAAAUGGAAUAACAGUAGACAGUUUAGCAGCUUUAUUCCAAGCACAUGCUGGUAUACAAGCUGCUGCUCUCACAGCUUUAUCACAAAUUGAUUUUACAUUAAUUCCAAACAUUGAGAGGCCAGCACAUACUCAAGUUGAUUAUGUUCAUUGUCUUGUACCAGAUCUUAGAUCAAUUACAGCUUGUUCUUUCUAUUGGGGUAAAAUGGAUAGAUAUGAAGCUGAACGUUUGUUAGAAGGUAAACAAGAAGGUACAUUUUUGUUACGUGAUUCGGCCCAAGAGGAGUUUAUUUUUUCUGUUAGUUUUCGAAAAUAUGGACGGUCAUUACAUGCUCGAAUCGAACAAUGGAAUCAUAAAUUUAGUUUCGAUUCACAUGAUCCAGGAGUUUAUGCUUCGGAAACGGUUAGAUUCCAAAGUAAAAUCACGAUUAUGUGACAAACCUUUCGGUGGUGUCCAAUGAUGUUCGCCAUAAGAAACUUGCAUCAAAAGAUAUUCGACCAUUCCUUGAAUACGCCGAAAUAUAACGAAACCGCAAGCUCGUGUUGUCAUCAUGCGUUUACAUCGGAAAUAAUUACUAGUUACGUUUCCUUUAAACACUUGAUGGAUAGACAAAUGGCGACAAAGUAGUGAAGAAAACAUGUAAUAUGUAUAAUUCGAUUGUGUAUACAAAAUCUUUAAAAUUAAAUUAUUUUAAGCGCUCUAAAUUUAAAAUCAAUUAUUUAUAUUUAUAUUUAAACGAAAUAUAAUAAAUAUUAAUGUAACGAUUAAAAAAUUUAUAUUAUAAUGAAAAAAUAUCAAGUUAUUUUUAAAAAUAAAUAAUUUUUAACAAAUUCAUGUUUUUUAGCUAAGUCAUAAUACUACAUUUAAUUAUUCCAUUUUAACAUAGAAUAAAGAAGAUUAGAAGAAAAGACAAAGUAUCGCAUAAAAUAAAUGGAUAUUUAAAGAUUGAUAAACAAUAUUAGAAAUUAACACAAAUUUUUAAAAUUUUGAUAAAAUAUUAUUUGGCAAAUUGUGUUUCGUUUUGUUUCAAGUUAAAUUUUUUUUUACAUUAGUAAAUAUAGAAAAAGUGACUUUUAUAUUUUUGUAAAAAAUAUAUUAACAUAUUCGCGUAAGUUGGGUACGUCCCAUGCCAUUUAAAAUUUGUUGUGAAAUUUUUGAGAAAUUUGUAGUCAUAUUUUUUUUCUUGCAUUUUAAAUUUUACACCUUUUUCUCGAUAAUUAUGAUUUUUACAGUAUUUUAAAUAUUAUAAAGCAUACUUUUUCGAAAAAAAUAUUAAUCAUAAUGACGUAGAGCGUAUAUAACUUACGUAGCUUAAAUGUAAAAUCAUCAAAAAUUGAUCCAGUAUAAAAAGUAUUAAGGUUUUGGAUAUUCGCAAUGAAAACGUGAAUUUAUAAAUAAAAAAUAAAGAAAUAUAUAUUAAUGUUUUUCAAUUUUAUCUUUGAUUUGUUUUUAAUUUCUUAUUAUUUUUGUUCGUGGGAUUAUAUCACAGAACAUUAUAUUAAAAAAUUAUUUAAAAAGGAUAGAAUAUUUACCCUAUUGCACAUGUACAAUUUUGAAAGGAAUCUGAAUUGGGAAACAAUGUGUGUUACCAUUUUAUUAUAAAUAUUUUUGCUACAUUUUGUUGGCUAAAUACCGAUCACCAGAAAACACUUAGCAAAGCUGUAUGUACGUAUCUAUCUACAAAUUGUCACGUGUAUGUUGCAUGUGUGAGAUGUGUGAAUAUGUGUGCGUGCAGGGCAAAGUGAUGUCACUGGAUGGAUGACGAAUCAAACCAAACCGAAUCGAAUCGAACCGAAUCGUAUCGUACCGUACCGUACCGUACCGUACCGUACCGAACCGAACCGAACCGAACUAAAUCUAACCGAACCAAACCGAACUGAAUCGAAUCGAACCGAACCGAACCAAACUGAAUUGAACCGAACCGAACCGAAUCGGACCGGACCAUAUUAAAUUCGAUAUUUCUUUCUUCCUUUAUUGUUUUACUAAUUAUAUAAUAGAAAAAUCACAUAAGCUUUUUACAAGUGCGACGCGAUUAAGGUAAACGCGCAACACAAGUAUGCGCUCGCCGUUUCGAAUCGCUAAUGAGUCAUCCGUUCAGCUUCUUCUUAUGAUUCACUUGGCCAAUAUUUUUAAAGUUGAAUCUUCUUUUUAAGCAAUCAAUAUUAUUUGAUGAAGCAAGCGAGUAACGAGCGGCGAGCGUGCGAAUGAAUGAAUGAAUGUGUAUUUAUAUCGUUACAGUAAAGUACCGUUUCCUCGCCUACUUGCAUUUUACAGGGAUAUAUCAUUAACGCUACUGAAAGAUCUUAUUUUGUAACAUUAAUUCAUAAUUGCUAUGGUAAAGAUACAAUUUUCUACAGUAUCUUGUCUUUUUCGUAUAACGACGAUUGCAUUCGGAAUUAUACACAGUACUGUUUCAUUGACAUGCAUGAUCAUUGUGAACAGAAUUUAUUUUUUUCCUUUACUGCCCUUUAUUUUCCUAUGUCUAAUUUCUUUCAGGAUCCUCCUGUUUUCACUUGUUCUUUUUAUUUUUUCUUCUUGCUUUUUUGUUUUUUUAUUUUUACUCUUUUUUUAUUCAGAAAGAAAUUGACAUAGAAAAUAAGUUUUCAAAUAGUAGUUUGGACAGCAAUUCAAUUUGUCAUAAAGAUCUUCUGUUCCGUUGCAUUAUCAUAAUUCAAAAUUGUGUCCGACAUUGCAGAAUUAUUCGUAUCGAGAAGUUCAAUACGGAUAUUACUUCGAAACGAAGCUUUAUCGAUGACUAGUCGAAUGACAAAUGACGAACGAACCUUGUUUGCAACUUAUAAUAAAAGAAAAAAUAUUCACGAUGUUACGCUUAAAUACUAUAUGUAUAAUAAUUAAUCGAAAACUUAGUUUCCGCGAAUUCGUUUUACGAGAAUAACAUGGUCAUAGAUUAUUGAUAACAAUAUUUGGUCGUUAUCGGUCGUUUCCGGCAAUUUGAAAGAACCAUACACCGAAACAUGUGCUGGACAAUGAAUGUUUCAUCAAAUCGAAAAACCAAGAUUUUAUUCGAUAUUUGGAGGCACGGUUGUGUGUUUAAUUCAUAUUAAAAAUGUGAAAAAAUGAUUCGAGUUUUGCAUUUAUUUAAAUAAAUUAGUCAUUGCCUUUUGUUUAACGUAGACGAUUAAUUUUAGGCAAAUAUAAAAAGAUCGCAAUACGAAUUUUUUCUCUUUCUUUUCUUCCGUUUUGUUUACAUUUUUUCCUUCUUUUUUUUCUUCCUCUUUUACUUUUUUUUUCUAUCGAUCUAUUUUUUCUUCUCUCUCUUUCGCCGUUUUUAUUUGCAUUCUUAAUGUGAGGCUUUAUUUAUUUGGUUAAUUUAGUACCUUCGUAUAUUGUAUUAUGUAUGUACACCAAGUCUCUCUAGUCGCCUCUACGUUUAUAAUAAUUUCUAAUGUAAGUUCAUUCAACCGUGGAUACAUUUGCGAAUGAAGGGUUAAACAGCGUAGUAGUGUAUAGCCAAUUACAAUAUUUAAAUAUAAUCUUACAUAGUAUCAUUCGUAGAAAUAACAGAUCUCGUUAUCGACGAUGUCGUGCGCUCGUGCAUAUCGUGCUAGGUAUAUCCCGGAAUUGUUUCGGAAAAAAGUA